GGGACCUCUAAGUGCACACUGUCCCAGAGGAUGCCUCCGAUGGGCACAACCGCAUCCAACAAUGACUUAGCCACUCUUUUUGAGUGUCCCGUCUGCUUUGACUGUGUGUUACCACCCAUUUUCCAGUGUCGCAGUGGCCAUCUUGUGUGUAACAACUGUCACCCAAAGCUCACAGGCUGUCCAACCUGCCAGGGCCCAUUGGGAGCCAUUCGCAACUUGGCCAUGGAGAAACUGGCCAAUUCAGUACUUUUUCCUUGCAAAUAUGCCUCUUAUGGAUGUAAAACAACUCUGCCACACAAAGGAAAAGCAAACCACGAAGAGCUCUGUGAGUUUCAGCCUUGCUCUUGCCCAUGCCCCGGUACUUCCUGUAAGUGGCAAGGUGCUUUGGAUGCUGUCAUGCCUCAUCUGAUGCAUGAACACCCAUUCAUUGAAACCCUGCAGGGAGAGGAUGUAGUUUUGCUUGCUACAGACAUCAAUCUGUCUGGUGCUCUGGACUGGGUGAUGAUGCAGUCCUGUUAUGGCUUUCAUUUCAUGAUAGUUUUGGAGAAAAAGGAAAAUUAUGAUGGAUACCAGCAGUUCUUUUCCAUUGUACAGCUAGUAGGAACACGCGAGCAAGCUGAAAAUUUUGCUUAUCGACUAGAGCUAACUGAUCAUAGGCAGCGAUUAACUUGGGAAGCCACUCCUCUAUCUAUUCAUGAGGAAAUUGAAGCAGCCAUUAUGAAGAGUGACUGUCUAGUCUUUGACACCAGCACUGCACAGCUUUUUGCAGAAAAUGGCAAUUUAGGCAUCAAUGUAUCUAUUAACAUGUGUUGAAAUGGCAAUAAAAAUUUUUCUGGCCAGUGUGUAAAAACAUUGUAUUCAGUUUCACAGAAAAUAGGCACCCUUCUGCCUGCCAACCUGAAACUUUUGGUAGGUGGAAGCUAGUCACAUGAAGGUAAAUAAAAGGCUGUUAAAAGGAAACAGUUGCAUGUAGUAACAUUAAGAUAGUUAUAAGUAAGUCAACAGUAAACAACUGAAUAUA